AUGGAAUGUUCAUGCUAUCACUGUGAAGUAUUUAGGCAAACAAUGACUUAUCCUUCCUCGUGGAUGUCUGAAUUGCCCCCGCAUAUAUCGCAAAAACCCCUUAAUUUGAUAUCUAUUCCAGGUAGCCAUGAUUCAUUCACAUAUUCCAUUACUCAAAGUAGCCGACCUUCACCAGAGGGACCUAUCUAUCAUCUAGCUAAAUAUAUUCCUCGCAAACUGUUAAGUCGAAUCUUAUACCCAUGGAGUGUGACACAGUCAUUAAGUUUGUCCGACCAGUUAAAAUCUGGUAUUCGAUAUUUUGAUUUUCGUGUGUGCUCCAAAAGAAGAAGGUUAAAACAGUGUGAUAGUAUUGACUAUGAAUUUUACUUAGUACAUGGACAAUACGCCAAUCUACUAUCAAAAGAACUUCAAAGUAUUCUGGACUUUCUUCAAUCCAAUCCCAAGGAAAUCGUUAUUGUGGAUUGUAAUCAUUGUUACUAUUUUGAAACAGAUGAACAGAAAGAUUGCUUUGAAUCACUUGUACUAAAGACUAUAGGUACCAGUAUGUUUCCUUACCAACCAAACAUUCCCUCUUUAAACGAUAUGUGGAAUGCUAAACAGCAAAUCAUAUUUAUAUCUUCUCAUCGAAAGAAUCAUGAGAUAAAGCACUACAAAUUUUGGCCAUCUAACUGCAUCGAAUCAUUUUGGCCUGAAACUAUUGACCCACUGACCAUGAUAUGUUUUUUAAAUAGACAUAUUGGGCCUCAUCAGUAUCGACCAGCCAAUUCUUUCUACGUACAUCAAGGUGUUCUCACACCGACAGUGGCAUUCAUUUUACGCCAUCCAUUUUCUUCAGUUCAUCAUUUAGCUAAAAUUGCUGGAAAAUACUUUGAAGGUUGGGUAACUAAUCCUAAUCGUCGAGCUGGUGUAAACGGUGUUAAUAUUACACUGAUCGAUUAUGUUUCAACAACGUAUCCCAGUUACGUACUUGAUGUUAUAUCGAUAAAUUAUAAAACUUGGCCAAAAUGUUAA